UCCGCGGUGCAUGCUGGGAUCAGGGAGGGGCCCUGAGCGCGGCCAUGUUUUUGUACGGCGGCUUCGCAAAGCAUGCUGGGUCCGAUUGGCUGGGGUUUUGAAGGCGAGGAUGGCGGGAACUCGUCCCUGGGCUGCGUGAGCCAGAGGAGAGAAGCAAAGGAAAUCUCGGUUCUUGUUCCCGGUGCCUGGACAGCUUCCUGGGAAGGCUUGUGGAUCUGGAAAUCUGAGUAGAUGGAGCUGGCGAACACUUUAAGCCAAGAGGGCGGGUCCAAAGGAGGAGUUCUGGCUCACUUGGAAAGACUAGAGACUAAAUCCCGUAAAAAAUUUGAAGAGCCGCAGGGAGCAGAGAGCACUCUUGGAAGCAAGAUUCGAAAACUGAGGAGUCUGCGAGACAAACUCAGGGCCGAAGUGCAACGACGUCAAGCCAGAGUAGAAGCCAGUGCAGAACCUGACCAAACAUUUGAGGUCAGUGAGCAAGAAGUUUUGGAAACAAAACGAGAAAAUGUGAAAUCCAUUCUGCAAGCAUAUCGCUUUACAGGGCUCAGUGGGAAACUGACCAGCCGGGGAGUCUGUGUUUCCAUCAGCACUGCUUUUGAGGGGAACCUGCUGGAUUCCUAUUUUGUGGAUAUUGUCAUACAGAAGCCACUUCGGAUACAUCACCAUUCGAUUCCAGUCUUCAUUCCCCUAGAGGAGCUCUCUGCAAAAUACCUACAGACUAACAUUCAGCACUUCCUGUUCAGUCUCUGCGAAUACCUAAAUGCUUACUCUGGAAGGAAGUAUCAAGCAGAUCGACUUCAGAGGGACUUUGCAGCCUUUCUGGCCGGGCCCUUGCAGAGAAACUCGCUGUGCAACCUGCUAUCAUUUACUUACAAAGCGGAGCGGAGCGGCCAGUCCUUCCCACUUUGUGCUAGACUGCUAUAUAAGGACAUCACAAGAACCCUCCCCACUGACGUCACUGUUACUUACCAAGGAAUGGAUGCAUUGUCCACCUCAUGGGAAGAAGAGCGAGCUUCCCAUGAGAACUUAUUCUGUACAAAGCCCCUUCAUCAAGUGUUUGCUUCAUUUGCAAGAAGAGAAGAGAAGUUGGAUAUGAACCUGGUCUACUAGAAUAUUAUUUUCAUUGAGAACACAUCAAAAGAAAUGGCGUGCCACAUGAUCGGGCAACAUGUUGGUGACCAGGGCCUCAUUCCAGCGUCGCAUCUCGUAGACACGUUCCUUCUGGUCAUGGACCUCAAUCUUCCACAAGAACAGUGUCCGUGCGAGUUUUUCCACCUGCAGACACAUGCAAGGUGUGUACGCUCUAAACUGGCCAUUUGAUGGGAAGAUGAAAACUGGGAGGAAGAUGGCUACGUGGCAAGGGAAAGAAAAAGACCACCCACAGCUGCAGUGAGGAUCCCAGCCUCUGUGGUUACAGCAGAGAUCAAAGGCACCUUCUGGACGUGUGGAGCCUCCAGGGACCUAACCAGCUACAGGUCUGACUUAGGGAUCUCCUAGUCCUGGGAGGAGUCCCAUUUCCAGCUGGCCUAGAAGUGGCUUAGGAAGGCUGUACUUCCCCUGGCCAACCACUGGGUGGUACUUGAGCUAACAUGGAGCAGUAAGUCCCUUACAUGGAUACUUUCCUGCCUGCUCUUUUUUUCCCUUUUAACCAAACAAAAAACUUCAUCCAUUCUGUCCCUUUCUUGUCUGGCUCCGUGGUCAGUGUGUUAAUGUCCCCCAGAGCCUGGGUGAGUGAAGAUCCAUGAGCCCCUGGCUUAGGGAAUAGAGAUUUUACCCAGGCUCUGAUGCCCUUCCCCCAUGCUUCCUUCAGCAUCCUAGAGUGGGUCAGAAGAAGAGGUCAAGAACUGUUUGCUUGUAUCACUAAGGAAGAAACCAGAAAAAGGACAAGGUGGUGGCUUGACAGGGUCACAUAACAUAUUGGGCAAAGGAAACGAGCUUCCCUUAUGAGGUUGUGUUCUCAGAUCCUACUACUCGGGCCCUGAUGGGUUGUAAGCAAACAGGAGCGGAGGGUGUGCAGGCACUCACGUGGCGGGAGAAGUAGUAGAAGCUCAGCAUCAUGACGAAGAUCAUCACUGUCAUCGUGUACUUAGAAGGCACCAAGGGCAGCCUGCAGGGCAGAGAGUAAUUCAACUGAAGGCACCCAGGCUGCUCUCCUAAAAGGUGUUUUAUUCCAGUGGGGAUGCACUCCUUCCUGGGUCCCAGAAAUUCCUAGCUCCUUUAGCACCUUCACAUUUACUGCCUACCAUUGGGCAGCAGUAAAGCUUUCCCAAGUCACUAAGAGCCAACCAAUCCUGGCGCCUCCUGGCUGCACUUGGAAUUCACAUCAGGGCUGCUCCCAGGUGUUAAUAAAUACUGCAUCAUCUGACUGAUCCCAGAAGUAACUGCAAGCAUGUAGGAACUUGGAAAAAGGAGAGACUACCAUUACAGCGAUGGAAUUAAGGCACAAUUUUGCCAUGCUUUUUUAGAACUAUAUGUUUUUGUGUGGAGCUAUAUAGUUCAUUAUUUUCAUUACUGUUUAGUAUUCUGUUGCAUGAAUAUACCACAACUUACAUACCA